UACACUGGAUUACACUGAUAUAGACUGCCUCUUCAUUUUAUUGGAUUUCAGACAGCAAGUAACUCGCAGUUCCUGUCAGCUUGACUUCAGUUUCGCUUUGAUGUACACUCCUCCUCACAGAAAUACGAGACGCUUUUUAACACUUGCAUUUCACCUGUAGACCUUAUCAGCCGCAUCCACAUUGAGAAAAAACCUGGAAUCAACUUAUUUAUCCUUUACUUACUAAACGUAACAGUUGGGAACAAAGCAUUGUUAUCUCACCACAACAAAAAAACCACGGUGAGACCUUUUCAAAACACGUCGCAGUUCCGGGUCUUUUUUCAAGGUUGGGAAAGAGACUAUGGAAGUAUGAGCGAAGAGCUGGAGUUGAAAACCAUACAAGUUGUCCGUGACAACAAUAACUCGACAGAGCAAACGACUGUGGAGGUUCCGGGGAAUGGUGCUUACUCAGGCCACGACAGUUCAGAGAGAAAUGAAGUGUCCCCUUUGCUAUCAACAACACAGGACACUGAGAACAACAGGGAACAGCACAUCCAUGUGGAUGAAGGCGUCGAUACUGACUCUCUAAGUCAACACAAUUUGCAGAGGGAGCUGCGGAGGGUAAAGAAAGAACUGAAUGAAGUGGUGGUGUGGAAACUCAAACUAUGGACAUUGAUACUUAUCGUCUUUACUGCCAUUGCUCUGGUUAUUGGGAUCUCAAUCAUUGUGUGCGCAGUUGUUGAUGAUGAUGAGGAUGAAAAAUAUGACAAAUCAUCAUUUGUGGUGCCGCGCUUCUUCAGAGGGAAUUUCACUCUGGACGCUGAAAGUUUCGAUUCAGAAACUAAGGAGGAAGACACUAUGAUAGAGCUGAAAGAGCAGCUGACAGGAGUCUACAAUUCUUCUCCUGCAUUGGAGCGGUACUUCCACAGUGUCACCAUAAACAAUCUCCAGAACACUACAGGCCAGUUUAAGCUCCAGUUCAUGAUGCCUUUAGAACACGACAAGUUGAUACUCUACACUUUGAGUCUAAAGAUGGUUAAACAUGUGCUGCUCCAACACUUGUAUGAUCGAGACACUGGAGACCCUUUCUAUAUCAUACCAACAUCACUCCACAUGGAAGCUGGAUAAAUAAGCAACCUUGAAUUACAAGAUGGAUUUUCUAAAUUGAACGACUGGUCCCUUCAUCAGAAAACAAAACAUUCCAAACAUCACAUUAUUUCAUUUAACUGCCUUCUGUGCUCUUUAAUAGAUCUCUAAAUAUUAAGAAGAAUAAUGAUGAUGAUGAUGAUAAUAAUAAUAAGUCUUUUUGGGUUCACUUAAAAAAAAUGUGUUCAUCAUUCAGUGUUCAUACAGUAUGUUUUACACACUUUAUAUAAAAAUAACUUCAGAUAUUUAACAGGUUCAAAACACAUAAAAAAAAUAAUUUGCAUUAAUAAUAAUAAUAUUUUAGAAUAGAUAGAUGGAGCCUAUGGCUCCAGGAUGAAUUUCUAUAAUAAUACUAUAUGUGUACUUUACAUUUAUGAAUUUCCAUUGCUUGAACCAUGACCAUUGGACCAUUUUUUUAAUCACUGUGGAGCAGUUGUUUGUAUGUGUGUGGAGAUUUUUUUUUAUGCUUUUUUUAAAUAAAAAAUUUUACUUUAAAAAAA